GCCAAGUCGAGUUGAACUACCUGGCCUCCCCGAACUACCCCGUCUUGCGCCCCUCGACCUCCCCCUCCCCUGUCGUCUUGUCCGCUCGGCACCCGGCACCCACCGUGGCUCCCAAGGACGGUUGAAGAGUCUUGUCGAGGCCGGGGACCCCCUCCCAAUCUGCUGCACAUCUGUGCCUGGUUUGUCCGGUGCUGGCGUCCUCAACGGGACGCAAGCCUCUGGGUACCUUGUAUAGGAACGACUUGCCUCCCGACUUCUCCGCCUUCCUUCCUCCACCGCUCGCUCUCCUUCCCCCUCUUUGUCGUCUCUUCCUUCCUUGCUUGGUGCCUUCCUUGUGUUUCUUGUUUGCAGCUUCUUCCAUUCCUUUGUGCGGUACUCGCCAGCUCGCUGCACGGCCAGCUACUACUUUCGACAUAUCCCGAUCACCUGCCUUCCGCCUUUGUCCUGCGUUUCCAGACAGCGAAGACGGAACCCCGACUUGACUCGACGUCCCACCCUCUUCGCAUCUGCAUUUGCAUAUGCCAGCCCAGCCCCGGUUUGGAUCGACCUGGGUUCAUGCGUUGACAAGCCCACCCGAGGAUUUGUUGCAGACUCUCCACGUUCGCCUUCCCACCGACGGACUGGGACCUGUCAGGCUUGUUUGAUGCGUCUGGCGGUGCAUAUCUCCCAACACGAAUAACAUCUUAAUAUCGACCUCGCCCUCUGGUUGGCGGCUGCGAAGCACCAGGCCACCCGACUGGCUCUGAGGCGCGAGCUGUGACUAGGUUAGCCAGGGCCACGCUCCAGGGGAGCUUGGGGAACCACAGCAGGAGCGCACGGGCAAUAGCACGGGCGGAAAUCAGAAUCUAGGGGUGGGUGAGAAGGCUUCGUGUGCAGUCAUGGCUUGCACCACGACCACCCUGAUGCAGACGGGCGAGAUGAUGCUCCCGGCCAUUCAGGUCCAGGUCCAGAGCCCCAGCCUGCCCGACUCGGAUCCCGGCUUCAGCAGCACUGCGGAUUUGGUGGCGACACCUGCCAUUUCAGCUAGCAGCGCGAUCCCGGGCACAUGCGCUAAGGAUCCCUCGCCAACGUCAACACACCGAAAUUGGCAUGCCCACCGCCAGAGCCACAACUCGUCCAAAUUGCCCGCUUUUCGCUUUGCCGACCUCAAGACCACGGACAUGGGGAAGGAGCCGACGCCACUGCCAGGGCUGCCCUCGCCGCAGCUGCAGCGCCGCCCUCAGGAGGAGAUGGAGGGGGAGGAGCAGGAGCAGGAGCAGGAGCAACAGUCAGAGCAGCAGAAGCAGCAACAACAAGCACAAGCACAAGGACAGGUCCAGGCCCAAGGCCAGCUCGAGCACAGGUACCUGCAAAAGCAACAAGAAGAUGGUGGGCAACCGCGGUCGCCAAGCAGCAACGGCAACACGACCACUUAUGAACAGGGAACCCACCAGGACCCGUUGGAUGGUGACCCCACCGACCAGGACAAGCACCCGCAUCACUUGCAGUCUGCGGAUCACUACGAAAACCCUGCUGCUGCCGCUGGUUCGAUGCGGCUGCAGUCGGCAACGGCAACCGAAGCAGCAGCAAAAGAGCGGCUGCACGUGCCACCACAGCAGCUGCGACUGGAACACAACAACCACAACAGUCGCCACCCCAGCGACGGGUGCCAGGGCGCCAGCGACCGAGAGCCCGAAUCCACCCUCGCCAGCACCAGGCCAUCAGUUGGCCCGCAACCAGAGAAGCCGGUUUCACCGCAGCCCACCCCGAUUGCAUCCGCGCCCACAUGUGCGUCCGUGUCAGGGUCAGCGUCGACCACUUCGGACCACACAAACAACUCAAUCAACACAAACAACUCCGUCGCUACUCACCCGAGCCCCGUAGGCUCGGCCUCGUCGACGACUCGAUUACGCUGCACUUUGUCUCCGCGUGCCGACCGCGCUGCCGCUUCCGCUAUUGCGCGCCCCAAGACUACCAUUCAACGGCCCUAUUCCUUUCCUGACUCGCCCGCCCCCAGUCGAGUCGCUAGUGAGGGCUCCCGCGUCGUGCGCGCCAAUUCAAAGUCCCCACCAUCCUCAUCACCCACCGUCCAGCUCGGGCCUUCGCAUCACCGUCGCGCCAACACGGACUCGAGCGCUGGCGCCAUCACCGCCACAACCACAACCACCGCUGCCCACGGUGAUACCGCAGCCUCGCCCGGAACAAUCACCAAGGAGUGGGCACGAGGUCAGCGUGAACUGUUGCUGCCCACGACACUUGACGACGACAACACCGAUGAAAAACGGAAAUUUAGGUCGCGACCGCCUGUAUCCUUCCGACGCCCGCGAAACGACUCCUCGGGGAUCCGUGUUCCGCCCAUCCGUUCCUUCCGCUCCUCGGGAUCCAGGAAGAGCUGGACCCAGGAUUUGACCGCCCCAACCUCGAAGCGCAAUUCCCUCGACGACUCCUCCCACGAAGUCCUAAUGGACUCGGAUACUUACGACCGCGACCGCACACUAUGGGCUCUCGAGGGCCGUCUGGCAGACGGCGCCUUCGCCCAGAUGACCCCGCCCGGCUCGGCCGACGCCACGCCCAACGACAACACCACGAGCGACAUAUUCAUGAAGAUUGCCCGCGAGGAUCCCUCGCGCUCGCAGGCUGAAGGCGACCGUCAGCCUCAGGAUCCCAACGCUUUGUCUAGGGUUAAUCGGUCGGCCCAUCGCCGCCCAUUAUCGGCAGCGAUUCCUUCAUAUCAACGCAACUCGCCACCUCGGGUGUCCCGCCGUCUGUCGGACCAACGAGAGACGUCUCGCUCGCACCGCUCCGUUGUGGAACAGCCCGCGCUGCAAAUGCCCAAGGACCAAGCACCACGGCCAAUCACGAAGGAACGCAUCGCUCAACUUGAUGACACCCCGCGCUCGAGGCUGACGAGCCAGGCCCUCAAGGCGUCUCCAAUCACGCCUCGAUCACCUGCGGCCCAGGACGCUCCAGACCCCAUAUCUGCGUAUGCAAGACGGCGCACGUCGGUCACGGAUAAUGCUACUCCGCCAACGAGCAGGACGUCAUCUUUCAAGGCCACCUACGGACAAGCACGGACCUAUAACUCGUCUCCGUUGGUGCCACGACAGGCGGAGGCACACCAUACCGAGGCUGGCGGUCAGGGGCACGCUGUCGAGGGCACCGAGUCGUCCACAUCUACGGCUGCGCCUUCCACCGUCUGGGACGAGCUUGACGAUAUUAGGACACGCAUCCACAGGCUUGAGUUGACUGGCAAGGCGCCGGCUACCUCCAACCACGCCAUGUCUCGCGUGUCGGACGACAGGCCACCCACAGCCACUACUAAUGCGACCACCAUGUCGGGGUCGCCCAAGCGUGGUUCUGGAAACGCCAAGGCGGAGAGUGUUAGCGCCACCUCUUCGUCGCACCGCGAAGCCAACAACCCCAUCCUCAUAUCCGCCGUCACGAAAUCGAAGCCUUUCCUCAGUGCGGAGGCAUACGAGGCGCUCGAGGCGGCGGCAACUGAUGCGCUGGCCCUAUCUCAAAUGAUGGGAGCCCCGGGACAGCCUGGACCGAUUUCGAGUUCGGCAAGCUCCAUCGGGUUUGGCACAAACCUGACAGACAGGCAGCUUCGGAAGAAGGCCGACAGUAUCUGCAGGAAUCUUACCGAGCUGUGUCUAGCUUUGGCGGACAAUGGCGGCGCUGCUGCUGCCAAGCCGGCACCUGUAAAGAACGUCACGGUCGCAACUUCAACGCCAAAAGAGAAGGAGCCCUUCCUGACGAGCCCCACAGCGAGGACCUUUUCUUUUGCAGACGGCCCCAGACGAUCGGGUGCUGUCGGAGAGGGCAAUUUGGCUCGCCUGAACACUACGUUGAGCCCUAGGUCCUUGGGGCGUACCUCGGAUCGGAGGUCCGCCCUUCUGGGUAACGGUACGGUGUCCAGCCCUCGCUUCGCCAUGACACCGGCCACCCCGAUCCCAUCGAUAGAGCCGGUGUCUGCUGGCAUGGCUGCCGGGAGAAAGUCUUCGCUUCUAAUAUCCCGGACGCGCCGGGCCGGGACCGAGGAGCCCGAAGAAAUGAGUGGACGGAGGUCUUCUCUUCUUCGAACACGGCGAGCAGGAACGGAAGAGCCCGAUGAGGGUCGCAAGACGUCAUUCUUCCGUCGCGCCACCCAGAAGCCGUAUGACGACGAGGAAGAAGCCCCGCCACUGCGCGCACCCUCCCGCGCCACUACCGAACUCGGCCUUAUGCGGGGUGCCCCUCGUGACUAUGUCGGGCAGCAGCAACAAAAACACCAACACCAACACCAACAACAUCAGCAGACGUCGAGUAUCUCGGAGCCAUCGAACCUAGGCAGCUCGGCGUUUCCCCGGCGGCGAUUGGUGCCGUCGUCGCUUAAUGCUCGGCUCGUGGCACCGCCAACGCCCACUCGGCGAUACUUGGAACGCGUGACGCCAGAGAGAGACGUGGGUCCUCCACCUGGCGAUAAGAUGGCCGACGACAGAGUGCAGCGGCAGUUCUCGCUCAUUGGCGGGGCAGCUGGCACCGGAUCGACCAUCGGCCGAACAGGGAGCCUGAAUCGGCGGCGCGACAGCCUGAUCCCCGGCCUGGGCGGGGUGGCGAGCGGCAGCCAGGUGGGCGGCUACCGAUGAAUAGCAAAAAGAAGAAAGACGAUGGAUGGAUGAAAGAAAGACGGUAUGAAAACAAAACAUGGUGAAGAGGCCAAAUGUGUUGACGCUUUUUCUUGAUGAACCCCCGGCAUGGCAUACAAAUCUUUUAUUACGAAUGUACCAAUAGGAAGCUUACGAUUCUGGCGCGGGGCGUUCUAUUUGAUCUUGAUAUGUUCAUUUUCUCUUAUUAUGCUUGUAGCAGCUCUCUUCUCUUCGCUAUUAUCCCUUUUUAGUAUCUCUUUUAUCACCCCUUCCCCAUAGUUGUUUUUCCAUGGCUCAUCGGCGGCGAGGGAGGAGUGGAGUGUACUUGGUGGCAUCGAUUUCACAUUGCAUCGGAGGGUUGGGCGUUGGUACUUUUUUUUUCCACAUUGGAUGAACGAAGGGGCGCCGUUGGUGCCUCACUCUCGUUGCCUUCUCCGGCCUCACUUUGACCUUUUGAUUUCCCACACAUUGUUCCCGCGUGUUGUCCCGCAUUGAUGUUAUGAUCUGCUUGCUUGCCCUGAUAUUGAGAAGCACCUAACGUAACUGAAUUAUGCCAGCCAAGCGGCCAGUGCUUUCUGUGAGCUUGGUAUCGGGAAGAGGCAGAGCAGGGUAAUUGGUAUCUAAUCUCGUAAUGUAUAUCGUUGUUUUGUAGACGAUGCCCACAAGAUCUCGGUAAAGUCUGGGGUUUCGGGGGAUUUUUGCAGCCUCCAUGCUAGCAGGAUUUGGCAGGGACGAUCUUACUUUUUUUUUUCCUUAGGCUAUUCGACCAUAUACAAUCGUAUUGAGUUGAGGUUGAGUCAUACCGAUCUGGGAGCGCACUGCAUCAGCCAGAUGGAAUGAUUUUUAGCAGACAGCGUGCUGCAGCUUCAGCACUCCAGCGCUUCCCCGCCAUCCCUGCAACGUCGACAGCGACGACGGCCUCGGGCAGACGACUCGGGAGGAUAGCAACCAGAAGCUCGCGACGGGCUCCCGGAGCUCCUUCAGCAAAAAGCGUAACAAGCCCGCGACUGCGACCAAGCGCGUGCUCACAACUACGGUCGUCUGUCGUGACGACGACGACGACGACAGCAGCAGAAACGGAAAAAACCGCCGUCGCCGCCGGCAUGGACCUACACGGCGACGCCGCGGCCGACCUGGAGGACCGGGCGGCUUCCCGGGGCGGCAGAGGUAAAGGCCGUGGGGGAGGUGGCGGUAGGCGGGGAGGAGGAGGAGGAGGUGGUGGUGGUGGCGGUGGUGGUGGAGCGCGCGAGGUGGCCGUUUCGCGGGCCCUGUCCAAGCUGCUGCGUCACCAGGCCGAGAACGCGGGCAUCAAGCUGGACGCCGAGGGGUACGCGCCGCUUGACAAGGUGGUGG